UGCCUAACUUUAUUCAGUUGACAGCAAGUAGGAGGGCUCUAUGGAAGGAGCAAAAAGACAACUCGAGAAAAAUUAGUAUUUUUCUACCUUCAGAAAUUAAUGGCCAUGACUUCGUAUAUGGUGAACUCUAAAUAUGUGGACCCCAAAUUUCCUCCUUGUGAGGAAUAUUCACAGAAUAAUUACCUAGCUGGUCAAACCUCAGAGUAUUAUAGUCCAACGCAAGACUCAGAUUUUCAGCAUCAAGGAAUCUAUCCACGGUCAAAUUACAGCGAACAGACCUAUAGCUGUAGUAAUGCACAGGGCUCUACAGUGCAGCCGCGGGGUCAUGUACAGGAGCAGCUCGGGCCUCAGAGCCAUUUCCCCGGUCAACCAGAGCAUUGCCCGCCGCUUCCUAUGUCCACACAAAGGUCCUGUAACCAGCAACAGAACCUAAAGACUCAAAAUGGCACAUCAGCAAAACAACCAGCAGUAGUUUAUCCUUGGAUGAAGAAAGUACAUGUUAACUCGGUUAAUGCAAAUUACAGUGGAGGUGAGCCAAAACGUUCGCGUACUGCCUAUACAAGGCAGCAAGUCUUAGAACUGGAAAAGGAAUUCCAUUUUAACAGGUAUCUUACUAGACGUCGUCGCAUCGAAAUAGCGCAUACUCUAUGUCUGUCUGAACGCCAGAUCAAAAUUUGGUUUCAGAACAGAAGAAUGAAAUGGAAAAAAGACCACAAACUACCAAAUACCAAAGGCAGAUCUUCAGGAUCUAGUCAACAUUUACAAACUGUAUCUAAGGACCAUCAUAUUGAUCUUGCGACUUUAUAG